AUGGGAACUGGCCUGGCUCUAGUCUUCCUACAGCCCAAGAAUGUGAACACCCGCGAACAACUUUCCCAGUAUCAUGCCCAAGUGUUACAUCUCUCACUCAUAAUGGCCGAUCUGGCAAUUGAUGAUUCUCUCUACAGAGACGUUAUAGCCCAACCUACUGCUGAUCAACAAGGAGAACAAGAAGAGACAAACAACUUUCAGAAAGCAAUAUCGGCAUGGCGGAGCAUCGACCUCACAUCCUUAAUAUCCUCAUUAGACUCGACUGCCUCUGAAAUCGUACAGUAUCAGCGCGACUGUACUAUUCAACGAAAAGAGCUAGCACAACGCACCAAGGAAUUCCGUCGACUUGAUGACUCUACAAAGAUUGUUGAAGUAAAAAGUCUGCUGAAGAACUAUCAAACUUUCAUCGACCUACUGACCAAUCACAUAAAGUCGACAAACUCAGCCUUUCUCUCAGUAUACUCAUCACUUUCAGAAGCUCCGGAUCCAUACCCUCUUCUUGAAGCAUCCGUUGAAUCUCUACUUUUAACAGAAUAUACACUACCAAAGAUCAAAGAAGAGAAUAGCCAGCUGCAAAAGAGCGUCAAGAAUCUAACUGCACACCUCGAGGAGACCGAAACACGCCUAGAAGCAGAGAGAAAAACACGCAGAUCCAUUGAACAGGGGCUGGAAUCCAAGACUAAGGAAGUAGAGAGCUUUUGGACGGCUGUUUUAGAGGAAAAAAAAGAUAAUUGGGAAGCCAAGGAAAAGUCACUCGAAGAAAAAGUCGAAAAUCAAGAAAGACUCCUCCAUGACCUCAAAGCUAGCUAUGAGGUCACCCAAAGGCUCGGUGAAUCAUUCAGCAAUGGGGGUGAUGAGAUAUCUCAUGUCACUAAUGCAGAGAUGGAAAUAAUAAAUGCCGAUCUAGAGAGGACUAGCGCUAGACUUGCUGAAAUGGAAGCUCGCAAUGAACAACUUCGACUCGAACUUGCCCAGUCAGCUUCUCAAUUGGUAAACCAGCAACCUGUGAAACUUGAAGAUGAUCUCGAAUAUCUACGCAUUCGAUCCGAGAAUGCUUCACUGUUACGGAAGAUUGAGGCUACGCGAGUUGAAAGAGAAAGUAAGAAGCGAGAUUUAGAAGAUAAACUGCGUUCACUUGAACGGGAGAUUUCCUUGCUCAAGGAAGACCGAGAUAACUUGAGAAUUAAGGUUCAAAAAUGGAGCGAUUACGAGGAUGUUAAAAAUGAAUUAGACAUUCUUAAGAGCGUCGAGUUUUCUCUGGCUGAUGACGAGGAUACUGAAGAGCCUCCCAAAAAAAACAACUCACCCAAAGGUGAUACGCUGGAGCAACUUCUUAUAUCGCGGAACAAGAAAAUAACUGAUGAGCUGACAAUCCUUCGGGUGUCCCACACUGAUUUAGUCAAACAAAUUCAAAGUUUGCAAGAAGAAGUUUCUAACACUAGAACUGAGUUAGAAAAAGCUCAAAAGCUUAAUACAACGCUGGAGAAUGAUCUUGCAAGCGUCCACGAGGGUGUGAAUACGUUCCCAUCGGCUGUAUCUGUUGCCGGAACACACUUCGCUCGGUAUCCUCAUUCUUCAAUAAAUGCGAAUCGUCGAGGCCGUCUCUCGCCCACCUCUUCAAUCAUAUCUGGAUUUGAUCCAAAGUCUUCUAUGGGUACCACUUCCCUGGAAUCCUUAAGGUCUGGUGAGCCGGUAGGAGGUGGAUCAGGUAUACUGCCAAUGAUUACUGCACAGCGUGAUCGAUUCAAAAAAUUGAAUACAAAUCUUGAGAACCAACUUUCCGAGGCCCAGGGAACAAUAUCGUCUCUCCGCCACCAAGUUUCAUCCCUUCAAAAAGACAACCUGAACUUAUAUGAGAAGACAAGGUAUAUUUCUACGUACAACAGAACAGGACCUACAGCUUCAUCUAGUGCAACAUAUUCAUCGAGUCCAAACCCUUCGAUAAUUCAAAUGCACAACUCAAAAUCAUCUGGACCGGCAUUAGAUCGAUAUCGCACUGAGUAUGAGUCUCGUUUGUCUCCUUUUGCUGCCUUUAGAGGCAGAGAGUCUGCUCGUGCACACAAGCGUAUGCGACUUCCAGAAAGGAUCGUUUUUUCAAUCACGAGGCUGGUCCUAGCAACACGUACUAGUCGCAACAUAUUUGCAGGCUAUUGUAUGGCACUUCAUGUGUUAGUCUUUAUUUCACUUUACUGGCUAGGAUCUAUGGAUGUUCAGCAACACUAUAAUCAUAUUGGGCAAUCUAGCAUUGCUGCUGCCAAUGAUAAAAUUUUGACAGCUAAAUCAGGAGCUGAAAAUUGGCAUCAGGUUGGCUUUAGCGAGCCAAAAGUGUGA